UCUUCGCAAGACGCUACUAUACUAGGCAACGGGCGGUCCUGCCAACAUGCUUCUGGAACCUGCCCUGGGAAGGUGCUAAUGUGGAGAUGUAGUAGCCUACAUAUUACAGGCACGGACAUUUAGAAGAUACCAGUAAAAAUGGCACGCUUCGGCGAUGACAAUUACCGUAACUGGCUUAAAACUACAGAGAGUCUCAACAUACUGAGAGUAGGGCUGCGCUCUUUCCUCGAAAACGAAACCGAAACUUAUCACAGGUCACUUCAGCAUAAACUCGGCAACAGGUUGAAAGGGGCUACCUGUCAAAAUAAAUGUGAUGGAAAGAAGUGGCAAAAGAAGAAACCUUACUGUGAUGUCUGUACACCAUGGAGUGACGAAAUCUUGGCCAAUCACAUUGGUGCAAAAAAUAAGGUUUACUGGAAAAAUUGCUUGCCACAUCUGUGGCCGAACGAGAAAUGGGAGGUGGCUAAGGUGCACAUGCCCAAUGGACAUGAAGAGCACACCAUCUAUGAUCAUUUUGAUAUUGCAGCGUUACUUAACCUAAUGAGCCAUUGUACUCACUUCCGCAAAUUUAUUAAGGACCAGCACACUAGCAAGGUAAUUCAUGUGAGAAACUGUGUGAUGCAUUCCCCUGACUUCACAAUGAGCCAGCAGGAGUUUCAGCAGCACUUGGAGAAGAUCAAAGACUUUGCCCGUCUUUUGGACCAAAAUGUUCAGGACCUUAAGAUGCUGCCCAAUGAGAUUGAGAAGAUAAUUGAUACAGUGGAUAAAGGCCUCCGGGGGCAUGGUACGGAAGGAAAGCAAAAGAAUAAUUCUGAUGCACUGCAACAGAAAUGUAUGGAGAUGGAGCAAAAAGCACUGAAAGAGAAGAUUGAGUUUUUGAUGCAACGAUAUGAGGAGAACCAGGAUGGUGUCAAAGAGGAGAUUGAAGGCAUCAAGACCUUUCUUCAGAAGAACGAGGACCUGAAGGAGAAGCUUGCUCCGCAGUUGGAGCAGCUUCAGAGGAGGGUGGACGAGCACGAGAAGCAAAUCAACGUGCUGAACGAGCGGGUGGACCAGCUGGAGGUGAAGGUCACUCAAGGACCUAAGAAAGACCCUCUCUUCAGUAUGAAUCCGCUGAAAUAUAAGAACUAUGUUUUUGAAUUGGCACGGAAGUAUGGCUGGCCUGAGCCUGUGUUUACUGAGAGUCUUGAGGGAGAUGGCUACAGGGGCCACGUAGAGGUGAAUGGACUCACAUUUUCCGGAGAGCAAGCGUGCCUAAAUAAGAAGCUAGCACAUCAAGAGGUUGCUAAAAAGGCCCUGGAUCACCUGCAGACCUUAGCCCCCAGUGCUGAAGUCCAUACUGGAGAAGAACAGCAGACGAAGCAUCCAGUUGAGCCCUCAGAAAGCAGCACCUCUGAGGGAUGCAUGUCAGGGCAAGACCCAGCGAAAACUGCAUCCCAGUACUAUUAUGGAAGUGUGAUAGUGGUUCUGGACACUGAGGUUGCUUCUGAGGAAGGAUGUGGUCAGGAAAAGGAGGCCAUUGAGGCUGCCUAUGGAAAAUUGGCCCAUCUUUUUGGACUAGAUGAAGCCAAAGCAGGGUCCUCAAAACAAGGCUUGGUUCAGGAGCAUUUUCAGGAGCGUGGAUUCCCUCCACCAGCAGAAAACAGCAGCAAAGGCCCUGAUGAGACGUUUUACUGCAAGCUGAAAUUGUGUGGGGCUUUUACCUUUCAUGACCAAGAGGGGUCCACCAAAAAGAAGCAGGCCGAGCAUCAGGCUGCUAAAACUGCCCUCCAGCAGCUCUCAAGGGUCCUGGACUGGACGGCCAGUGGAGAAAACUACAAAGGCGACCUAAAGGAGAGACUGGAAGCCCAGAGUCUGGGUCAGCCAUCUUAUGACGUCACUAAGAAGGAGAGCCUGCCUGGUGGUGAGCGUGGACCCUCAGUGGCCUUGGCUGGCUGUGAGCCUGCUGGGAGUAGUAACAUGAGUCUACCACCAGGAGGCACCAGUGCUCCAAACUCAAAAGAUAAACCGUCAGCAGCAGAACUCAAACCACAGCCCACAAAGCCAGACCCUGCUGUUGUAGCUCCAAUGAUCCCGCAGGUCAUAGUGAAUGAACCAUCUGUAAUCAACAUGGAGGUGUGCAGCACAGAGACAGACAGGCAACUGCAGGACGUGGACAUGUCCCCAUCCAGAGUCUCAGGCAAUGGCACCCAAUCAGUGCCUGUCAAGGAAGAGUCAACAAGUACCUCUGUAGAAGGCACCCGGUACUAUGGAAGUGUGACCGUGGUCCUGGACACCGAGCUUCAGGACCAGGAUGGGCAGCUUCAGGAGGGAGACGCCAUUGAGUCUGCCUACGGGAAAUUAGCCGAAAGCUUUGGCCUCGAUAAAGCUAAACCAGGUUCAUCCAGAGCUGUGGUCCAUAUGUAUUUUGAGAGAUCUGGCUACCCAUUACCUGUGGAAAAUGUGCAGAAAUGUAUCGAUGACAAGAUCAGAUGUAGUCUCAAACUCUGUGGGUCCUUCACCUUUGUAGACCAAGAGGGGUCCACCAAAAAGAAGCAGGCUGCGCAUCAGGCUGCUAAAACUGCCCUCCAGCGGCUCUCAAAGGUCCUGGACUGGACGGCCAGUGGAGAAAACUACAUAGGUGACCUAAAGGAGAGACUGGAGGCCCAGGGUCUGGGUCAGCCAUCUUAUGACGUCACUAAGAAGGAGAGCCUGUCUGGUGGUGAGCGUGGACGCUCAGUGGCCUUGGCUGGCUGUGAGCCUGCUGGGAGUAGUAACAUGAGUCUACCACCAGGAGGCACCAGUGCUCCAAACUCAAAAGAUAAACCGUCAGCAGCAGAACUCAAACCACAGCCCACAAACCCAGACCCUGCUGUUGUAGCUCCAAUGAUCCCUACCACUGGCUCUAGCCCACCACCUGUACACAGAAAACAGGCUAAAUUGCAAUUUCAAGGUGAAAAGGUGGAGAGGUUGCUAGUGUUGUUGGGUCUGCUGCCCCCUGUGGUCACAUGCGAGAAGUACAGCAUGGAACAGAGAUUCACGUGCAGUGUGAGCGUUCAGCUGGAUCAAUACACUUUCCGGAGUCCAGACUGUACCAAGAGCAAAAAAGAAGCCAGUCGUAAAGCCUUCCAUUCAUUCGGCCUCGCGACCGGGAUUUGCCGGCCUGGAGCAGAUGAGACCUGUUCAACCCAAGAAGUCAAACAGUACUUUGCCAAAAGAUCCCUCCCCUGUCCUAUAGAGGAGUUUGGAGGAAAGGAAAAAGCCUUUUCCUGCUCACUGACAAAUGUGUCAUGCAAAUUGGUCUAUGAGGGACAAGGUUCAACAGAGGGAGAUGCCUGCCAGGCUGCCUUCCAGGAUGCUUUCACCAAACUCGGCCGCCUCUUCGGCCUCUCGGGGAUCCCAGGGGCUCCGGACAAAGCUGACGAGCAGCUGACUGCUAUGCUGAAGAUGGCCGGCCAGGGCGAGCCAGCAUGUUCCCUAAAAGCCCAGCAGUACAAGGCCUCCAUUCAGCUGAAGUUCACUGACUACAAGCUGGAGCACAAGAGCAGCACGAACAAGAAGCAGGCGCGGAAUUAUCUGAGCGAACGCAUUCUCAAGAUGCUUGGCGUGGACACAGAUGCAAGCACCAGCGGGUCCCUGAGAAACUCCCUAGAUGAAUGGUGCAAACAAAAGAAACUUCCAGAGCCCAAAUUUGAGGAAAUGAAAGAACUGCUCGGAGUUCGAGUGACAUUCUCGGCCCCUUUCUCCUGUUCCAGUCAUGACUGGGAGGACAGCUGGCAACAGGCCGAACAGAGCCUGCUUCAGGAGCUGACUGCACGCCUCAGCUGGAACAAAGAGGAUGGAACCAGCUCAAGUCUGUAAACAGUGGUGUGUCAGUCUCCUGAUCUCAACCCUGUGCUAAUACAGCUGUCUCCACCUGCUAAUAUUAGCCUCUGGUGCCUAACAUUAAACAGGAAGUUACUUAGUGGGACCUUGGGCUGGUUGCUACUGUACAGUAUAUGGCCUUGCACUAUGUAGUAAUGCUUUGCUGUUGAUGUUUACAAGGUAAAUCUGUUGUCUUGGCUUUUAGUUUUAGACACAAACUCUUUAUAUUUUUUAACUCCAUUCAGUCUAUGAGGAUAUAUAAUGUUUUUACGGGCAAAAUAAUCACUGGUGACGCAAAAUGUUGAGCUACAAAGUUAAAAUUAUUUCAACUUUUGAGGCAACGGGUGUCGGAUGAUGAGGAAAUCACCAUAUAUAUGAACUUGUUUGGGAUGUUGUGCAAUUGCUAUUGUGACUAAGUGAGAACUUGUUAUGAAAUUCGGUAUCAUUUUUACAUAGUAUUCAAUUCUCCAGUAUGAUCAGAAUCCUGUAGUUGCUCUUUGUAUAAUGUGCAAUAAUUGAAACCAAAUUACUGUUUACAUCAGGCUUCACUGACGUAAGAAGAAGAAUAAUCAUGAAUUCCUUGCUGUGUCUGCUCUAGUAUAUCAUCAGUUUGUGUGUGUGUGUGUGUGUAUGCAUGCGUGUGCGGGCAUGUGUGCCUGUGUGUGUGUAUGUGUAUGCGUGUGUGGGUGGGUGUGUGUGCA